AUGGCAAGCUUGAAGAACGAUAUGGGUCUUACAGCCUAUGACAUCCUUAAACGUAAUCCAAAAGAUUUCAAAACCUCAAAAAUACAAGUCACGCUGAUGGACUAUUCUGGAAUUAGAAUUGAGAAGAACGGAAUCCACACGCAUUCACACUCGUCACCAUCAGUUGCAAGACCAAAACCUCAAACUCGAGAGAAGAAUAGAAACUGCUUCAUAAAGAUUUUGAAAUGGAUUGGUGGCUGGUUCAAACACAAGGGUGGCUGGGUAGAAGAAAUGAGGGGAAAUCUGAGUUUAGUGUCUACUGUUAUAGCCGCCAUAAGAUUUCAAUCAUUGAUAAACCCACCUGGUGGCUUCAUCCAACAAGGUUUAUCUCAAGGCUCAUCCAAUAUUGAAGCCCUAAAGUGCACUUUCCUUCCUAACAACGUGUCCUAUUGUCCUCGGGAAGCUGUCUCAUCUUUUAGUUUCCAAGAUCUGUUUUUGGAGUUUGUAAUUUACAACGCUGUCUCUUUCAUUUCAUCACUUAGCGUCACCCUCUUGCUUGUGAGUGGAGUUCCUAUGAAGAACUAA